UGUGUGUGUGUGUGCUCUCCUCCUCGCUGUGUUUGAGGACGACCUCCAUUCAUCUGUUCCCAAAUCAAACACUUCCUGGAUCCAGGCUGGCCUCGCCCGCAUCCUGUGCCAUAUGCAGGCCAUUUGAGGGAUCCCUUCGCACCCAUUUUGCCAUUGGUCAUUGUCGUUGUUCGAUCCGGUUCGAUGACGGAUACUGUCGUGCCCUCAGUGCCCGUCAAAUGCGGAGCCUGUCGCCAAAUCUUACCCGAGAUUCAAGUCAAGCCCGUGGACGAGCCCGUGAUUGCGGUGCCCGAAACGGGUGAAGGCACCUAUCCCAUUUGGAUCCAGAACAAGAUUGAUGAGAGCGGCUGGACCAAGGGCAAGUUUAAUUGCCCGCAUUGCCAGGCCCGAUUGGGGGCGUUCAACUUCUUGGGCGGCAGCCAGCAUAUCGUACACCUGGUCAAGAGUCAAGUCGAUCUGCAUGUGAAACUGGACCUGGCUGAGCUACUCCGAAGCACCCGUGAUGAGACUUCAGCCCACGGCGGUCUCGAAACCGAUGCCGCGCCCAGUGAUCCAGAUUGGGAAUCCAGCAGUUCAGCCUCGUCGUUUUCGGAGGAGCUUACACCGGCCUCGUCGUCCUCCUCAUCCAAUGCGUCUAUGUCCGCGUCCGCGGCGCAUUCAGUUACUUCAUCGCCCGAAUCGUCGCCCAGGUCCACCAGUGGCGUGUUAGAAUUGAGUCCCAAUGAGACAAUCCGACCCAUGACCCGCAAGGAACGAAAGAAGCUGAACGUGUUGCGGAGAAAAAAGGCCAAGGACAAGAAGGAUCAAAUUGAAAAGGAGGCCAAUCAAAAGCUCAUGGAGAUAUUGAAUGCGGAGCCGGAAUUGGGCGAGAUUGAGGAUCACCUGAUAUGUCCGGUGUGCUUGGACUUGCUACAUAUACCUUACAACACCAAUCCGUGCUGCCAUGUUUUUUGUGAACCUUGCUUGAGGCGCAUAGGAAGCAAAAACGCCAUGAAAACGCUUUGUCCUCUCUGCCGCACCCGCAUAUCCUAUUGUGAACCCAACAAAGACAUUGGCGCAGAGAUCCUGUCCCAACAUUUGGAAUUAUUCUCGAAGCGACAAGCCUUCGAGAAAAGCACAAACGUGUACACUUUGCCGCUGCCGUGGCGUCCAGGUUGGCGGAACCUAUUUGCAGGCAGAGCAAUGGGUGGCAAUCGUUUUCAAGAUCCAACGUGCCAAGAGCGCCUUCAUCGCCUAUUCACUCAGCUGCCCUACUAUAUCCCUCCCGUGUUUAUGGGGAACCUCGUUAAUCUGCUACUGUUUGUCUUCCUUUUGGGUGCGUUCGAAAUUGCGCCCCUGUUUUUGGCGGUUCUCCAUGGGCGCUCGCCUCUGGGAGAGCCCAUUCAUGGGCCCGUGCUCCAACAGCCCGCUUUACCCAUGGGGCCAACAGAUAUCAAAAAGGAAUUGAACGACUUGGAUGGCGUACUAAAUGAUGAAAUCAUCGAGGAUUUGCACAAACGGUUAGCCGACGAUACCUCUUCAGGACUAGAGUAUGCGAAAACUAUGCUGGAGGAGUCACUUAGAAACUACGAUAAUCUUAACGAGGAGAAAAAGGCCGAGCGGAAUCGAUUUGAAAGUGUGCGAAAACGAUUGGCACAAUUGGAGAGGUUCCGCCCCGCGGGAGGGGAUGUCGGUCCAGGCCCCCAAACACGAUUGGUGACCGAGAAAUCCGGGGUAAACAUCCUCAAGCAGUUCGCCAAGGUGAUUCUUCAAGAAGAUCUUCCGGAUGAAGAGAUCGAGAGUGACGAUGGAGUCUCGGGAAGUGGAGAGAACCCAGAUGAGAGCAAAGUUGUUUCCAACUACAAUUUGAUCCCCGAGUCCAGUGGGUCGGUUCAAGACGCCACUUUUUAUUACAUUGCCGGCAUGAUCUGUAUCAUGGCUGCGGCUUGUGGCAAUUUCCUUUUGAUCCAGCACAAUUUUCCCAUUCUACGAUAUCUCCCGUUUGGUGCUAUGUUGGACAACAACAAUAUGGAGCAGUUUGCCCUUGCUCGCGUGGUCGAUUUCAUGGACUUUGCCAUCGUGAUCCUCAUGAGUCUGAUUCCAUUCUUUUUUCUCCCAUUGUCGAUCUCAAGUCCAAGUCCUGAGGACGAGGUGGAGACGUCCACGUGGAAGCGAAUCGUGUUUAAACUCAUUCCAGACGUGACCACAGUGAUUGGAGGUAGGAUUCUGGCCAAGAUCAAUGUGGUCACGGUCACCUUGUCGUUGUUGGUAUACUUUAUCUACGUUCUUUACCGCCGGAUGAUCCGGGCACACGUGUAAAACACCCAUAGACUAUGACAUGGAUCCAAGAGGAGGAGCGACUGUUUUAAUAGAUUUGAGUUGAUUGCGCGAUUGUCAGAACAGUUUUCAGAAUUGUAGUUUGUUUCAUCACAUUUCCUUCAGGUUAUGCGUCCUUGUUAAUAGGAUGUGGUUCAUUUCUAAUCAUGUUAUUAUGAACAAUAAACGAUAGUAACUUGUU